GAAUGUGACACAUCGGUUGUCGGUAUCCGCGAAAACGAAUUUUCUAGCAAAUUCCUUGAAAUCGAUUUGUGCUUUGAAGCACGAUUACACAAAACUAGAACGAGUCUCGAAUCCAUCGGCACGCGUGCAAGCAAUCGCGUUUUGGGCAGAAUAACAUAUAAGUACUCGAACGUGUUUCUCAUUUCCUAAAACAAUGGCCGAGAUAGAUCUGUCACCUGCAAAGGACAAGGGUGUAUUGAAGGAAAUUAUCAAGGAAGGAGAAGGAGAUGCAACUCCUACGACCGGUUGCAAAGUAAAAGUCCAUUAUACUGGUACCUUGUUGGAUGGAACAAAAUUCGAUUCCAGCAAAGACAGGGACAAACCGUUUAAAUUUGAUCUUGGACGUGGCAGCGUUAUUAAAGCAUGGGACAUUGGCGUAGCCAGUAUGAAAAAGGGUGAAGUUGCUAUACUGACGUGUGCACCCGAAUAUGCCUAUGGCAAGAGUGGUAGCCCACCAUCAAUCCCACCUGAUGCUACCCUGAAAUUUGAAGUUGAACUAUUUGAUUGGUAUGGAGAAGAUUUAAGUCCAAACAAGGAUAAAAGCAUUGAAAGAUUCCAAAUUGUUGCUGGAAAGCCUUAUGCUAAUCCAGAAGAUGGUGCCCAAGUGAACAUACAUUUGGUUGGAAAGUAUAAUGGACAAGUGUUCGAAGAGAGAGAUGUAGAAUUUACUCUCGGAGAAGGAGAAAUUGUGGGAGUUGUUGAGGGUAUAGAAAUAGCGCUGCAACGUUUUUUAAGCGAAGAGAAAUCUAGACUUUUAAUUAAAAGUAAAUAUGCAUUUAAGGAAAAAGGAAAUUCUGAAUUUAAUAUUCCGCCAAAUGCGGAUGUGGAAUAUGAAGUAGAGUUAAAGAACUUUGAAAAGGAAACAGGCAUAUGGUCAAUGAAGCCAGCAGAAAAGAUAGAACAAGCAAAGAUACAGAAAGAAAAAGGAACGAAAUAUUUGACAUCUGAUAAAAUCAAUUUAGCCAUUAAAGUUUACCAGAAAGUUUUCAAGUAUUUAGAUAGUAAAUCAGAUUUCGAAGAUGAUCUCGUAAAAGAGAGGGAUAACCUGGCAUUAUCAACUCACUUAAAUCUCGCUUUAUGUUAUCUAAAAAUCGACGAUAACAUUUUGGCAAAAGAACAGUGUACUAAAGCCUUAGAAUUGGAUCCUGAGAAUGAAAAGGCCUUGUUUAGAAGAGGACAAGCACAUCUUAAACUUGCAUCACCUGAAGACGCUAUCAUAGAUUUUCAGCAGGUUCUAAAAGUACAGCCGAAAAAUACGGCGGCGUCUAAACAAAUUUCAGUUUGUAAUUAUCUUAUUAAGAAGCAAUUAGCUAAAGAGAAGAAACUUUACGCGAACAUGUUUGAUAAGUUUGCGCAAGAGGAUAAACAGAAGGAGGAGCAAAAACUGAAGGAACAACCAGAUGUGAUGCAUGGGACUCUAGGAGAAUGGGGACAGGAAGAAAGACCUGGAGGUAGAGACGCAACUGCCUUUGAAAAGGAAAAUCCUAACAUACUUAUGCUCAAUGCUAAUGGUUCUGGUGAAUUCAAAAACAUGUAAACAAUGGCCUCCUUUUUUUUUCUUUCUUUACACUGCCUCGUGUAACUGCCAGCGAACUGAUAUCUCAUCAAAUUUAUUUUCGGUGUCUAUUUUAAAUACCACCAUCUUUUAAAAAAGUUUUAAGUGUUACACAUUGACAUAUAUAUUGAGACUUUGCCAAACUUUUAAACAAUUUUCUUUUUAUCAUGUAUAAUCUACAUGGAUCAUGAACUAUAUGUCUUUUUAUUUAUGUGCAUGAAUUAUAUGUAAACAUUUUUUAAGAACGCAUUCUCUUCCUUUUAAAGAAUGAGCAGAGAGUAGAACAUUUCUUUGAAAAACCAUCUUAUUAAUAGAAUACAAUUUCAAGACAUGAUUAUGUCAUGUCUAUUGUACUCCGAUUUGUAUAUUAUCACAUUUAGAAAUUGUGCAGAAUUGUGUACAACAAUUAUGAAAUCAUCGUAUUUCAAAAUAUGCCAUUCCAUUGUAUGAUGCCAUUGUUUUUAAACUUACUUUAGUAUAUUAAUUAGCAUUAUGUAUACUGUAAUAACAUCUGAAGAGAAAUUAAUAUGAAUUUAGUAUGUUCAUAUAAUGAUAUACAAACUGUCCCAGUGAAUAAAAAUGCGCAUGGAAUUAUGUAUUUUGUGUAAGUUGAAAAAGAUAUUCAAUAUUAAUAAAAAAAAAAAAUAUAUAUAUAUACUCAGCACUGAUUAUAUGCACAUAUCACAAGCAGAAAUGAAAAUUUAUUAGCAAUGUACAUUUUUUUCAUACAUAUAUUAUCUAUGCUAAUUCACAAACCAUGUACGAUUUAAUAGAAUUAAAAAA